GCUUGAGUAGCAGUAGAUGCUUGUUUACUAGUAGUAAUAGUAGCUAGCCUGCUAGCUGGGCUAACAAGCUGCAUGGCGCAGUUUGUUGUCAUUUGAUUUAUAUUGUCUGUUGGUUGCAACAUUGUCUGCUAAAAAUAAGUAGGCCAAGGUCUAAAGGCAGCCGGCAUAGAGUAGCUAAUGUUCGGAAUAACCUUUGAAUGAGCAUGCUGUUAGCUACAGCAUGUCAGUUCUCUGAUCAUUUGUAACGUUAAAUUUACCUACUUUUGAGGGUAAAGUAAAGAUGCAUGCUUAAGCUGCUUUGUGUUGUAAUGUGUGCUUUCCUAAUGAAUAAUUGCAUUAGCUACGUCUUCACAGUUCCACAUUGACCGUAGCUAGUAGCCAGCAACAUGAAGGCCUUUUUGGGUUAGCUAACCUUCCUGCAGCUGGAGUGGAGAAUGGACUAGCUCGAAUUGUAAACAACAAGCCUUGUCCUAAUCUGGGAGAUUGUACGAUUGAAUCAAGAUGCCAUUAAAAUUUCCUCAACGGUUGCUGAAGAGCUCUCAAUAUAUGGAGCUGGACUCCGGGAGCUACCAGUAUUGGCCGAUCCUGCUGCCUCGCGGCAUCCGUCUGUACAACAUCGAGCAGGUCCCUCAGUUCCUGAAGGAAAAUCCCUACAUCACUGACGGAUACAGAGCUCACCUGCCAUCCAAGCUCUGUUUAAAAAGUAUUUUCAUCCUGUCCAAUGAGACUGUGAAUAUCUGGAGCCACCUGCUGGGUUUCAUGCUCUUCUUUUCUCUGGCGGUAAACGACUUGUCAACUGUGCUUCCUGCUUCUGGGGCAAACUGGGAGGACUAUGUCAUCUACACCAUAGGCCUGUGCUGCUUCCAGAUGUGUAUGCUGUGCUCCGUGGGCUACCACCUGUUCUCCUGCCACCGGUCGGAGCAGAUGUGCCGGCGCUGGCUGGCGCUGGACUAUGCAGGCAUCUCCGUGGGCAUCCUGGGCUGCUAUGUGCCCGGGGUCUUUUAUGCCUUCUACUGCAACGGGUUCUGGAGGCUGGUUUACCUGGUGACGGUUCUGGUGCUGAUUCUGGCAGUAUUCAGUGUCCAGAUCCACCCCCAUUACCUCUCCAGGGAGUGGCACCGCCUGCGAUCCGGCAUCUUCUGUUCCGUGGCAGGCUACGGCGUCUUCCCCGCCCUUCACUGGGUCUGGCUCAACGGAGGCCUCAGCACUGCCGUGGUCCAGCUGUUCCUGCCUCGUGUCAUGAUCAUGUACCUUAUCGCUGGCUCAGCCUUCAUCUUCUACAUCACCAAGGUUCCUGAGCGCUACUUCCCAGGUCAGCUGAACUACCUUGGUGCAAGUCACCAGGUGUGGCACGUGCUGGUGGUGCUCAUGUUCUACUGGUGGCACCAGACGGCCAUCAACAUCAUGCACUUCAGACUCAACCAGCCCUGCCAAGACUACUCCAGCAGGGACUAGCUGCUAGCUAGCAGAGGUUAGCAGAUUAGUCGUGUCCACACCACUUUUGGGCUAGCUGGCAGAGGUUAGCAUUAAAUAGUUAGCUUUACCCAGCUUGCUGGGUAGCAGCUAACUGCUAGUAGCUAGCUAGCUCAGGCUUGGACCAGGACACCCUCAACUUUACAGCACUUCCAACUAAAGUAAUGGCAGAACCAAAGGCCUUGCUAUUGGACCGGAGCAAGUCUGUUGGUCUGUCUGUAGAAACAUAAGCACCCUUGACAUUUACAAGUACACACACCCUUAGUCUCUGAACACCAGAUUAUUCUGUUCCUAUUCUGAGAAUUCUGUUCAUAUUCUCAGAUUAUUCUCUUCGUAAUCAAGCACUUAUUAAUUAGUGUGACCUGCGUCUGUUUUGCAUGAGGUCUGCAGUUUGAAUGUUUGUGAAAUGCUGUGAAAACAAUGUAUCUCUGCUGCCUUUUGCACAUUUGACCCAACAAGGUUAUGUGCAAUAUAUCGUCUUGGAAUUGAAAAAUAUACUUGAAAUGUAUAUUUUGUGAAUAGUUGGUUAUGUUUACGGGGUACUUAUCUUUUUGGGUAUUAUUGCGUUAUUAUUGAUGAGGAGGUACCUUCCAUAUUUAGUCGUCAGCUGACUUCCUCAGUACAUGAGUGUUGAUUCAGGGCACAUAUUUUUGUUAUUAUGAACAAAAUGGGAUUUAUGACUUGCCUUAAUCUUCUAGGUGAUUGACAAUGUGCUCUGCAGGCCCCCACCUGGGUAAACAAACUACUUGAUCGAUACAAACCUCUAAAGCAUGAUGUCGUCAUAUCACACAUGCCUGCCAGUAGCUACAAUCUAUUGUAUGAUGCGUUUGAUUUGAUAUUGUCUGUGUCAUCAGGCCAUACAGGGACAAUGGCAGUGAGUUUCUCCCAGACAAUGAUAAGAACCAUAUUACUUCCUGUCAAAACAUGAAACAAAACUGUACCUUAAAGCUAUGGGGAUUUAUUUAUAUUUAAAUGAACUGAGCUCAUCAUUUUUAUUUUCCUUAUGGCCUUCUGUUAUUAUUUGUUAGUAUUACUGUGGUAUUUUUAUUGGUCUUGUUUGCCUGUUUUGAAUUUGGUUGCGUUGAUUCUUUGUUUUAUUGUUUUCGCAUGACGGUUUGUAUAUGAAUGCUGACACUUAUGACUAAGGGGCAUAGAAUUAUUUCAAUGUAUCUGUAAAGUAUCAUCUGUUGAAAUAUUAUCAAUGAUUAAAGAAUGCCUAAAUGACA